AUGAGAUUAACUAUAGCAUUGAAGGUCUUAGUGGCCUUGUAUUUGGCUUCAAGUUACAAAUCGCUUCCCUUAGCCUACUUUUUCAGAUUCUUCAAUCAGGUAUUUCAACUAUUAAUUGUGCCAUAUAUUAAAAAGAAAUUGGGGUUUACAGUGAAACUCGGUCCUCCUAUUAAAAAUGAAGGGCCUAAUUUGGCCAUUUUCACUCCUCAGGUAUUCAAAACCUAUAAUUCGCCUUUUGAGUGUGACAUGUUCUUUCAUAAAUCCAACUCGACUUAUUUUACUGAGCUUGAUAUUGUCAGAACUAGAUUGAUGUGUACUAUUUUCGGCGAGUUUUUUCUACAAUACUAUGGUAGGCAUGGCAGCUUCCCGUAUGUUCCGGUUCUGGCAGUGCAAGCAACUUUCAAGAAAGAAAUCAAGCCUUAUAGCAGAUAUAAUGUGGUGAGCAGAAUCGUGGCGUGGGAUAACAAGUGGAUUUUCAUUCUUUCCAAAUUCAUUUUGCCCGGCCAAAAUGACAGAACAAGUUGUACUGCUAUUACCAGAUAUAUUCUUAAACAGGGAAGAAAGACCAUUGAACCAAGAGAAGCUAUGAAAGCAUGUGGUUUAUACAGUAAAGAAGCUGAAGAGAUUUCUCAGAAAAAUUUUGCUAUGGUUGAAGAUUUUUUGAAUACUGGUGAUAUACAAGAUGUUGAUUUGUAUAUUCCUGAAGUUAUUCCUGCUCGCGACUGA